AUGUCCCUGCAGUGGGCGUACGUGAGCGCGCCCGAGGCGGUUGGACCGCGUCGUGGGGUCGUGCGGUGCGCCCGGGACGUCGACCGCGUGGGCGAGGGCGUGGGCGAGGGCGCGCGGGUGAGCCCCGGGGGCGCGCGCGCGAUGGGGGGUGGGCGGCGGCGCGUCGUCGUGCACGUCGCGGGCGACAGCACGGCGUGCGGCGUCGGGUGCGCGUCGAGCGCGGGGACGAGCGAUGACGUCGCGCUCGACGCGCGGUCGGGGACGCUCUUGGACGCGCGGAGACGUGGGCCCACGCUCGCGCGGUCGUUCGCGAUGGGGGUGGGGGAAAGUUUAGGGGCGGAUGUGGAGUGGCGGGCGCUGGGAUUUAAAGGCGCCGACGUGGCGGAGAUGCGACGCACGCUCGUUCCGGCGUUACGACGAGCGAUCGAUGAAGACGCGGGGGUGCGUGGGCGCGAUGCCGCGGCGUCGACGUCCUCGGCGGUUCCGCACGCGGUGGUUAUAAUGUGCGGGAUUAACGACGCGAAGAGGUCGAUUCUCGGUCGCACUUCGGCGGCGUUUCGAGAGGAACUGCAGGCGCUCGUGCGCGAGGUCCGCGAGGUCGUCGGUGAGGAGUGCGUGGUCGUUCUACCGGCCACGCCGCUCGAGGCGGCGACGUUGUUUCCUCCGCCCCUCGUUUGGGUCGCGACGCGCCUGAACGAUUUGUGGGACGAGCAAAAGGCGCACGUCAGUCGACUCACAAAAAACGUUAUAUUCGUCUCCAAACCGAGCUUGGAGUCGAUGCGAGAGCGCGCUUCCAAGGCCACGGGACGGGUGGCGCACUCGAUAUCGCUCGUUUGCGGAGACGGGGUGCACCCCAACGACGUCGGGUACGACGCGUGGGCGCGACACAUCGCGGAGGAGUGCGCGCCGACGCUCCGUCGCGCGCUCGCGUCGCAGAGCGGCGGUGAGUGA